GCGCGAAGUGGCCAAAGACUUACAACCGAUAAACUACAGGAGUAGGAAAAGAGAAUCUAAGGAUUAUUGAUGAUCACUAUCUAAAUUCCUGCACCGGUAACCUGGCUGUCUAACGGGGUCAAUCCGAGCAGGAUCUUUGCGCGCCUCCUCGCCCACACGCUCUGACUUUGGCACAGUUACGCACUGCGCGCUGCGCUUUAGGCAGGUGUGGAUAUCUUGAAGCUCCCGUGCAUACAUGGCUGCGUUAACCUUAUCCAGAGCGGACAAUUUCCUGCACAAUUUCUUACAGGAUCGUACUCCCAGCUCCUCUCCAGAAAGUGGUCCUAACACCCUUUCCUUUUUGGCCACCACAUGCAGUCAGGCUUGGCAGGAGGGGUCCCAGCUCCCUUACGAGGGGCCGGUGGGCUCUGCUUCCAGCAUGUUUCAGCUCUGGAGCAACGACGUAGUCCCAAACUCCAGCUUGAGCACUAGCCAGAUGGCCUUCACCGUGCCCAAAAUGCAGUUUCCUGGCCACAUGCAACCCACCCUGGGCUCGCACUCCCAUCGUCACCAUCAUCACCACCAUCACCACCACGAGCUCCCCCUCACCCCUCCAGCCGAGCAUCCGUCUGCUUACUCGUUCGAUCUGUCUCCAGUAAAGAUGCUCUCCUCUCAGGCGCAGGGGACUGCACCAUAUUACACACAGCACAAUGCUGUGGGUCAGAACUUUCCUAGCUUCCUUCAAAAUGCUUCAGGAAGAUCUCACCUAACAGGAGAUCAUAUUGAGGAUGCCCAGCAGUGGUGGAGUCUCCCUCAGAGUAACAGCGCAUCUUCCGGGCAUCCAUUCUCUCUGGGACGCCAACUGGUUUUGGGCCACCAGCCUCAAAUUGCUGCUCUUCUGCAAGGAACCUCAAAAGGUCUGUUGAGUUCAACUCGUAGCUGUCGCAGGUGCAAAUGCCCCAACUGUCAGUCCGCGGGAAACGGAGGUGGUGCUCUGGAGUUCGGGAAGAAAAGACUACACAUUUGUCACAUUCCAGAUUGUGGCAAGGUCUACAAAAAAACCUCUCACCUGAAAGCACAUCUGCGCUGGCAUGCCGGCGAGCGGCCCUUCAUCUGCAACUGGCUCUUCUGUGGAAAGAGCUUCACACGUUCAGAUGAGCUACAGAGGCAUCUUCGCACACACACCGGGGAGAAGCGUUUCGGCUGUCAGCAGUGUGGGAAAAGGUUUAUGCGGAGCGAUCACCUCUCCAAGCAUGUGAAGACUCACCAGAGCAGGAAGAGUCGGUCCAGUCAGCCUUCUCACAGUGGGACUGAUGCACUGCUAAACAACAUUAAGAGAGAGUAAAGGAUGCUGAAUGCAAAAAUAUCAUACCAGGAAUGAAACCAGAGACCCUUUGAGGCCAUUUGCAUCAUCUAAAAUUUUUAUAUAAAAUGUAAAAUGGUUAAACAUAUAUUCCAAAAAAGCAAUAGAAGCAUGGGCCAAUUUAUUUUGAAAACACUGGAGCGAACGCACACCAUGCUGCACCGAUAAUGAUCUUUGAGACUUUAAAGAGAAUUCAGGUCACCGUGGAAGUGAUAGACCUGAUAUAAGUGACAUUUUUAUGGCUCUGGAUGCGAAGAUUUCUUAUGACCAAACUUUGCCCUUGCACAUUUAUUUAAAGAAUAUAAAAUUUCAUUCAAAAGAAAAUUCUCUGAACAGCACAAUUGAAAGAAUUUGUUAUUUGGUGAAAAUAUCAUUUGUUUACUUUUUUCUAAUUUUUUUUAGGGAAAACUGAUGCCUUAUAUUGAAAUCAUGAGUUCGGCGGGUUGCAAAUUUUGCCACCAUUAUUCCCAGACAGAUCACCUUAGGUCUUGUUAUACUAUCUAAGUAUACUGCUAGAAAUCUAUUUCACUCGAAAUCUAAAUCCCUAUAGUUUCAAGACGUGAACCAAAUGUAUAUAAUGUUUAUAUAGUGCACAGUUCUAUAAAGACCAGCAUGUGAAAUAUUAAUAAACCUGAAUAGCUGUGCAAAUAAAAAUCUUGUUCCUCGUUUUGUU